CCACAAUGCCUUUCGACGAUAGGCGUGUAAUAUGGCGGAAAAGUUCUCUAGCGAAGUCUUGAAGUUGAAGGUGAAAAAGCGACUAAAUUUAACCACCCAAGCUUAACAAGACAAAACUAAACGCUASUACAUUUAAAGAAGGGACUAUUUUCCGCCUUGGGAACGUUGGAUUUGUAUUUAAAGACUUGGAAUACUGAUUUCUUUUGCUGGGCGUUAGUUUGGGCUCGGCAAGCGAACUUCUCUAGGGCUCAACUCUUCAACUGUGUGUAGCUAAUUACCUUUUAGGCUUACAAGGAGUCAAGAUGGGGAGCAUCCUUGGAAAGAUUUUCCGCAACAAGGAGAUGAGGAUAUUAAUGUUAGGACUUGAUGCUGCAGGAAAGACAACUAUACUGUACAAGUUAAAAUUGGGACAGUCGGUCACUACUAUUCCUACUGUGGGAUUCAAUGUUGAAACAGUCACUUACAAAAAGAUAAAGUUUAAUGUUUGGGACGUAGGAGGUCAAGACAAGAUUCGGCCCUUGUGGCGGCACUACUACACUGGUACACAAGGGCUAAUUUUUGUAGUAGAUUCUGCAGAUCAUGAUAGGAUUGACGAAGCUAAAGACGAACUACACAAGAUCAUUAAUGACAGGGAAAUGAAAGAUUGUAUUAUAUUAGUAUUUGCUAACAAAAUGGAUUUACCUGAUGCACUCAAGCCUAAUCAAAUUGAGGAAAGAUUUAACCUUUCGAAAUACAGAGAUAGAAAGUGGUAUGUUCAACCUUCAUGUGCAACUACAGGUGAUGGCCUCUAUGAAGGCUUGACAUGGCUCAACAAUAACUACAAAUCAUGAUUAAAACACCUAGUUUAAUACCACAAGAAUCCAACUUCAUAACAAAAAAUGGAAACUUUAAAGGGAAGCACGGACACUAAAAGUACAGCAGCGCAACUUAAUCCCGUGAACGUGUCUAGGAAAUUGUAAGCAAUUGUGGAUUCUUCUUUUAUAGCAAUGUGUAUAGAACAAGAGGCAUUCUUUUUGUUCUAAAAAAAUUCCAUUUAGAGGGUACAUUGAAAAUGUUUAGUAUAUUUGUAUAUUAAUUAGUAUAAUUUUAGACUUAAAUGUAGAGUUUCGCACGCUGUGAUUGGUUGAGUGACCAGUGAUUCUGAGAUGAUAGUUAGUGCUUGAGCAGUGAUUUUGAGGUUUCCCUAAGUUUGCCAGAGUGGAAGUGAUACAGAAACGUUUUUUAACCCUGAAUUUCAUCUUUCCUCUGAAAUUCAAGUCUGAAAUUAUACUAGGACGAUUAUUCCCGUCAGGCUCAGUGUUUAUGGUAGAUAUUUACCUCGCUGUUCAAAGACUUGCGGCUCGGUAAAUAUUCACUAAUAAUUACUUCUCCUUAGGCGAAUAAUUGUUAUUGAUAAAUAAUCGUGUUGUCUGUUUAGGCAAUGUUGUGAUUAUCCUGUCAGAUAUAACRAACAAAUUCCAGUCCAAGUUUGCAAAUAUAUAAAAAUAUAUAUAGCUCUCUAACAGAUUCACCCUCUUGUAUUUUUUAUGUUUCACUGAGAAAAUAUUUCAAUUUUUGUACACCUUAAAAUUGCAUCGCAACAUUACUGUUGCAGUCAUUCCUCUUGGGAGGCAUUUGCAACAAUAGAUAUUCUAAUACCAGUAGCCUGACUUGGACCACAAGCCAUAAAUACUUGAACUGUAGACCAUGGAGGCAUCCAAAUAACCCAUUGUUUUAGUAUAAGCAAACAAGUUCGAGAGUAUAAUUUAUAAAAUAACAAAAGACAUUGCAAUCAUCGGCAGUACUUUGAUUUGUUUAAUUCCAUCUCUACUCAUGAUUUAUGAAGUAAUAACUACCAGUGCUAAGAAUAACGGCUGGUCAGUCGCUGGUCAGGAUUAAAUAACUCUUUCAUACCUCGUUUCUGGCUCAACGUUCCUGGUCAAAAACUACCAGCAAAGGCAAAGUUUUGACUGGACAACUUCCAAUUCUGUUUGAACAUUGUCCAAUGGUCAUCAUUUUUAGCAUAAUUUGCCCGCGAUAGUGAUGUAGCCAAUCAGAACUAAGUUGUGAUAAAGAUUCCAUGAGUUUGUUUAUACUAAUUUUUCUCAAAAUUGCUGUGUGCUAGUCCACCAGAGAAGUAAUUGGGGAAAUUAUUUACUGCAAGAACAAAAAGAAAUUUUAAUAAGUCUGUGAUCUGCUACUGCAUUAACUUUUCCACAAAUGAGGGAUGAAGGAUAGUGUCAAUUAAACCUACUAUUCUGAUGUGGAUUGAGGCAAAAUUCACAACAGAUUAUUGCUAAUAGACUGCUGAUAAUCAAAUAAAUUUGCAGUGUACUUUCCCAUGUACCUUUUACUCUACCAAUUUGAUUGACAGUUGUGCUGUUGCGAAUUUACUCCUCAUCAGAGUGUAGGAAUGGAAACAGUGUUAAUGGUCCAUUUUAGAAAAACUAUACUUAUAAAGUUUAGUCUCUUCAAUAAUUCCUUUCAAGAUCUUGUUCUAUUCUAAAUGGCCAGGGAUUCAAGGUCGAUAGCACAAGUUAGCAGUUUAAUCUCAUUAAGACUUAAUGAUCAUCUCAAGACUACAGUCUUACGAAUAACAAACAGAACAAAAAAUGAGAUAUUGGAAAAUUAAGAGUUGGAAAUUUACAGAAGCUUGUUGGAUGGUCGAGACAAAAGGGUAAUUAUACACCAAUUUUUUGCUGCUGAAAAUGAUGUUCUGUUUCCUUUUUGAUGGUUAGACUCGAUGUAGCUUGACUACUGCCUAUUUUAAACAGACCAUCAUAACAUACAUGUUGAGAAGUUUUGCAUGAACAUCACAUCCAUGUUAGAGGACAGAAUAUAGAAUCCCUUUGUUCUGAGGAACUUGAUAAAUACAGUAUAAAAUGUAUGAACACAUCAAGUCCUUUCUUGUUACUCGGACAAAUUCAGGAAAGGUCUAUAAAUAUGAUGAAUAAUCAUGUAAAAUGAUUGUAUUGUUCCUACCAUCCAACAUGGUUACAGUCAUGUUAUCACACUAAAUCAAAGUCUUAUAAAUUUCCCCCAAGUUAAAUGGUACAUUAAUUAAUAAGCAUGUCAACAUUUUCAAAGGGACACUAUCAACAAAGUUCAAAACUGGUUAACAAUUGUACAUUGAAAUAGUAUAAGUAACCUUUAUUGAGCUUUUAGAACAAUUUCUUAUGCCAUCUAAAACAAGGGUAAAAGCCCUAAUACAAGACUGUUCAAGUAUAUUUUUUUCUAGGCUAGGGUAGAUCUAUUCAAAAAGUAUUAUAACUUUAUUCUACAAAUAGCCCACUUCUGAGAUAUCCUUUGCCUGUCACACACAACAGUUUCAGUGCUAAAUUAAGACUCUCUUCUUUUCUCCCGCCAAAAAUCACCAAGUAUUAUGCACGAAGCCUUACGUGGAAACCUUUGUGCAUGGCAAGCAAAGCAUAUAUCAAAAGUGGGCUAGACCUUAUUAGAAAUGUGUCUAAAAGCUUUAUGCAGAAUCCUUCAGCAUGUAGAUUACUAGUUAGCUGGUCUAGUUUAGCCCAGUCAAGGGUAAAAGGGAAUGACCUUUUUUGGAGAGGGGAUUAGGGGAAGGAAGGACAGAGACCUUGAUCAAUUCUGUCUUUUUUUGUCUAAACAUAAUUUUAGGUGUCUUUUUUAAUUGUCUUUUCAUCUCCUGCAAAAAUUUUUUUCUUAAAUAUUCCCAACCCCAUCCCCCUCAUCAAAAAGGUCUUUCUUGAUCCAACACUAGCCAGCUAUGAGCAUAUAAUUCAAUAAUGUAGUCUGUUCUCAGUGCCACAGGUCUUGAGGUCAAGGCCUGGCUGUUUUAGCAGUAGUAGACUAAGAACUUUAUUCUUAAAGGGUAUAUUACAUGAAAUUUUUUGUUGUUGACAUUUGUAAAAGUAGGACAUUUGCUAAGUUCGAUUUUGAUAUCAAAAUCAUGAUUAAAAAAACGCCAUAGCUUUUUGGUAUGGUAUCAGAAUUGCAUUAAAAAUGAUACCACAAAGCCUAGAUAUACCUGGGAACAUUUUAAAAGGCAUAUAGCAUGGAUUUGUGAAAAAAUACUAAUUUGUGAAAACAUACUGAUUUUGUAAGCACCAUUUUCGUUUUUGAUAUCAAAAUAGAAUUCAGCACCUCUCAUAUUUCUAGAAAUGACCGAAACCUUUUUCAUCCAUAUAUACUCUUACACCACUACGUUCAUUGCUACUUGCUCAUCGGGACAUAGUCUUGACAGGAAAGUUGGGCAAUCUUACUUUCAUCAAUCAGCAUUUGUAAAGGUACCAGUAAAAUGUAUUUGAUUAACUGUAGCCUAUUACCUGAUUUUCCUGUCACAACUGUUGCCUCAAUCAGCGUGUAGUGAUGAAACAGUGGUAAAAAAUGCUGAAGGAAGAUCUGCUGGCAGAUUGCCUACCCACAUUAUAUUCCUGAUCUAUUUUCAUUUAAUUAAUAUUAGUUAAUUUUUCAUUUGAUUUCUAUGAUUAUAGUUGUGAAUAAUUUGCACUUUGAAAACUUGUGUCAGUUUUAAAUUAUAGAUUUUCAUUUAGCCUGUCUAGCAGGAGGGUCGGGGAGCUGUAGAGGGAAGGCUUGCCCCCUCCCCUAUCCCCCCUCCCCCCUGGGCUGCUAUGCAGGCUAAUUUUCAUUGUGAUUAUCAUAUGCACAGAAAUUCAACGGCUUUAGUAUCAUGACACUGGUACAAAUGUAUUCUUAAUAAUUAAAUACUUUAACCUCRUGACAAUGACUAUUCUCUAUUAUUCCAAAAGAUUCUUUGAGCUGUAUAGAAAUAGCCAAUGUAAAGCAUUAUGUGGAGAUAAUUAUUAAAAGUAAUACCCAUAAUUAA